UACUUCUCGACAGGGGCCCAGCUUUCAUACCAACGUCGUGCUGUGGCUACGUCACGGUCGCGGCCUAUCGCACAAUCAGUGUCGACGACAGAGCCGGCCGGAGGCUCACGUGCGCCGGCGGCGUCGCGGCUGAAGUGCAGCACGAACGGAGCGCGGCGUGGCGGCACCGGGAGACCGGCGAAGCUGCGUGAGCGUGGUCUAGCCAGCCGGCAACGCCCGGCUCGCCCGCACCGGCGCCCGUCGGUUGUAAUACGAAGCAAUGUCGGUGCUGCAUUGACAAGCGGUGGUGUCGGAGACGGCGUUGUAGCGACAAGCGGCUGUGUCGGAGACAGUGUUGCAAGGACAAGCGGCGGUGAUGGAGAGAGAGCUGUGGUAACAGACACAAGAGCCAAGGAAAUUUGUUGCGGUGGUAGGCAGCAAUGUUGAGGGUCUAGUAGUCAGAGCUGGACGACACCGAGCGAUUUUCCGCCUUGCAUCGUCACGUCCUCUCCCGCGUCGAGGGACGCCCCGUCGCAGGUCAGCCCUCGUGCCGUCAGUCGGACACUGCCACGACUUGACCUGACCUGACCUGACCUGACCAUGUUCCGGCUGAAGAACCAGCAGCCGACGCCGACGCUGCCGGUGCGCCGCCUUUGGACGGUGGGCGCCUCUGCCUCUGUGGCGCUCUCCUCUUACAUCCUGGUCGGCUACUGCAUAAGCGAGGUGGCCGGCCCGGCCACGCUCGUCAGCGUGGCCGUCUCUUCCGUGCUGGCGGCCAUCACAGGGCUGGCCUACGUGGAGCUGACGCAGAGAACACAGGCGACCGGCUCACCCUACAGUUUCUGCUACACCUACCUGGGAGAGCUGCCUGCCUUCGUCGUCGGCUGGGCCGUCGUCGGCGAGUGUGUUGUUGGCGCCGGCCUGAUGGCCAAGGCCAUCACCUACUACUCCAGCUUCCUGUCGAACGACACGCUGCUGACCUCUCUGCAGACAUGCUGCGCGCUGGGCGACCACCAGACGGAGCUCUGGAGCUUCUUCGACCCCGUCGCCAUGUCGGCUGUCAUCAUCGUUGGCGUUGCGUGCGCCCUCAACAGUCAUCUGGCCUGUAGGGCCAACCAAAUACUGCUGCUGUUAAACUUCAUCACAGUUAUCUUCACCAUCAUUGUCAUCGGUGUGAAAGGUUCCAGAGAUAGCUGGCAGGACGGAAGUGGCCAUAGCACCUUUGUGCCGUCGGAGUUUGGCGCGCACGGCGUGUUCCGUGCCAGCGCCAUCUACAUGCAUGUGUUCCUCACCCUGGUCACUACGGCCACGCUCGCAACCCAGUCGCGCGGCGCCACUUCCUCCACGGCCAUCAGCUUGGUGGUCACCCUCAUCGUGGCCAUCAUCGCCAUGAUCAAGGCCGUCAGCGUCAGCCUCCUGCAGCCGUACGACAUGCUGAACAGCAUCACACCGGUGGCCACGUCCAUGAAGGCUGAAGGACUUGGCUGGGUGGCGACGCUCAACUGCCUGGGGGCUCUCGUCGCGUCCGUGGCCGGGAUCUUGAGCAUGCUCGUGCUGUCUGCGAACACGCUGGAGCAGAUGGCGUCUGACGGCCUACUCUGGUCGCGGUUGGCUGCGCGUCGGCCGUCCAUUGCCCCCACGGUCACCACCCUCAUCUCCACCGCGCUGGCAGGGAUCGGUGCCGCCUUCCAAGACUUCUCGGGCCUGGUGCUCUGCCUGUCGUCAGGCACGUUCCUCGUCUUCCAGGCGCUGCUCAUCGCCGUUAUGGUGUCCAGAUCGCAUGCCAGCAGAGAGAGUGCUUUGAUGAUUGUGCUCAAGUUUACCUGGCUGCUUUACUUUUUCGUCUCUCCGGCGCUGGUGAUCAUGACCAACCGGCUCAGCGAGAAGCGGCAGGUGCAGUCGGCGCUGCAGGGCAUCCUCUCUGGCGUGGUGCUCAUGUUCCUCCAGCUGGCCAUCAACAGGCACCAGCUCGACGUCAGGGUGGUGGCCGUGCAGGUGGGCACCAGCGUCGUAAUGGGCUUCUCCAGCUACCUGAUGUACCAGCUGCACCAGUGGGCCUGGUACCGGCUGUUCAUCUGGACAUUCUUAGGCAUGCUGGUGUACACGCUUUACGGCUACCGCAAGUCGCACCUGGGGCGUGGCAUUGUUGACCUGGCCGUGGUGCCCCACGACGAGUGCGUGCGCAGCCUGGAGGGCGGCCUGGACAACGCCGGCUUCCAGCACGAGCUGGCCGAGCUGGGGGUGGGGCGUGGCCGACGCUCGCAGCGCAGCUUCGGCGGCCACAGCUACGGCAGCGCCCGCUCACGCCAGAAGGCGAGCUUCCACAGCGCCCGCGAGGACGGCGACGGCCGCGACAGCUUCCGCAGCGUGCGGGAGUCGGACGAGCGCGGCCAGAGCUUCGGGAGCGUCAGCAGCGCCCAGGGCUCGGGCGACCGGCCGGAUGGCGGGCGAAGGCGAUAUAGGCAGGAGAGCUUCCUCAGCCUGGAGGAGGAGGGCAGCCAGCAGCUCUCUGAAGCUGACCAGAGCCGGGGCAGCUCACGGGUGAGCUUCGGAAGCGUGCGGGCCGAGGACAGGCGAGGAAGCUUCGGAAGCGUGCGAGAUGAUGACAGACAGGGGAGUUUUAAAAGCUUGCAAGACGAGACUAGCCAGGAAGGCCGUAACAUAGUUAAGGACGAGGAAGAGACCCUGCAGUCGGGCGACGUGGAAGCGUGGGAGAUGCGGCCGGGCGACACCGGCGUCCCGAGCGUCGAGAUCCUCAUCAACCCGCGCAGGCUGUGUGAGGAGAUGUACCUCUCACGCGCGCCACAGGCGCCGGUUAGUUCUGAGGAGAGUGUGGAGAUGCGACAGGCUGCCAGCGAGCUGGGUAGGUCGGCGGGGCACGCAGCGCAGCCGGUCCAGAGUGGCCCCGAGUCCACGCCGGCGGAGCUGCGGUACACUGGAAGGCCUGGCUCCCUGUCCAGCUCGGACGGGGACGACGACAGAAGGGCGCAGUCUUCCGACGACGACGCAGACAGCGAGGGUUCCCGUCGACGAUCGAGCGGCGGGUCGGCCUCGGCGUCGUCAGCUAGCGGUCAGAUGGCGGUCAAGGUCGGAUCCGGCGUCGGCGUCACGCCAGCCGAGCUUGAGCCUGAGUCGAGCGCACAGCUGUCCCUGUCUCUGUCGGACGUGUGGUACGACGACGACGACGAGCUGGCCUCUCAACCAGCUCCAACCACCCGCCACCAGCUGAUUGAGGACAUGAGUGAGCAGAUCUCGGCGCACACGGGCGAUGACUCGGACGACACCGCCAGCGGGUCGAGCAGAGGCAGCAUUCGUGGCAGCGGCGUCUUCGCCGAGGCGGUGCGCCCCUGCACCAAGCGUCGCGCCGGCCCGCGCGCACGCCGUCGCCACUCGCUGUCUUCGGCGCGGCGGCCUCCGCGGAUGGCCGGCGUCCUGAGGCGUCGCCUGGCUGAGCGGCACGCGCGUGAGACGAUGGUGCACGACGACGCCGAGCAGCGCGCGGUCAGCUUCGUAGCGACGCCGCCAGGAGUGGAGCUGAGCGGGCUCGACUCGUCUGGGCUGUGCGUACGCCCCGAGCUGGACCGGCUGGCCAGCCGGCUCGCGACCCGUGACGACCGACGAUCCCCGGCGGCGAACGACGGGCGUGGAGACGGGGGCCGACAGCGAGAGGUGCCGGACGGAGAGGCGACGCCCGGAGAUGGGCUUCAACGGCGGGGUUCGGCGAAAGAUGACGUCGUCUUUUGCUGA